GCCCAAGCCAUGACGAUGGCGAGCUCGCUCGAGACGACGAGGGGAGACGGCCGCUCGGCAGCUCGGACACAACGCUGCCGCAGCACGGCUUCCGCGGAGGAGCUCGAGAAGAAGGAUCUGCGGCUGGAGAUUCGCGCGAGGCUGUGCGGCGCUCGCAUGGAUCUUCGCAGAGCGGGAAGCACUCCUCGGCGCCAGACGGCGAUUUGCUGCGCACAGACGUGGCUCUGAGGACGCCACCGCGGCGAGAGGGA